CGGGCCAUCGACUCCAUACCGAAUCAACGGUUUGCAUUAGUCCCGGCUCGGGGAAAACGGUCGAUAGUACCUUGUGGAGACUCGAUGCCGCUAUGCCGCUUCGGCCGGGACCUGCUAUUUUGGUUUUCUUUGGUCGUUUCGUUUUUCAACGGUUCGUAUAUUAACUAGUAUAAGUGCCUUGGGCCCGAUUGCUGCGGAUUAAACGGAUGACAGGUUUGACAGGCCAGCUUGCGGGGCGUGCCUAGAUGCCAUGAACUCAGAUUUAUUGGUUACUUUUCUUUUAAGCGAUACUGGACUGGGGAGGUUUGCGCCCAUACGGGCUAGACUAUCGCUAUCAGAUAGGUCGGAGAUAAUCUGGGGAAUCAGGAGAAAUGUGACCCCUCCAAACUGCGACAGUCAGGCGCAAGGAGCGACUAAGGUUCGCCAUAAGGUUGUAUACGAGUUCUGUGUCGAGAUUGUGGAAAUUGCACUUGUAAAGGUCUCACGCGGAAGAGAUAGAAUCUAGAAGGCUGGAGCGACAGGCGACGCGUAGACACGUCGAACUUCUGCCGUCUGUAUGUAUCCUGCAUGCUCUGCUCUGCUGUCUGUGUCUAUGCAUUGUAUAUGCUUGUUUCUCUGUAGGAGAAUGAUUCAUGUAACGGAGGAAGGUUCAUUCUUGAUUUCAUUCGACGAUUGCUUCCAGACCGACUGUCUGUACGUUAACUCACGCGUGAUGCAUAACCGGGGCCUCGAGAGGCCUCUUUGGAUUCGGGUCUCGUAUUUCUGGGAGGCGAUGCUUUUCAUCAUAGC